CUAAUGAAAGGCACUUGUAGGGGAAGAGAUUGGGCCAGCCUGCUGCUUUUUCUCUCCACCGUUGGUUUUCUCUUCCCCUCCUUUUUUUCUUCUUCUUCCUGCAACUGUCAGAGAAAGGAGAGUGGGAAAAUUCCUUCAAGUUACUUCAGCUUCAGGUUAACUGUGCGAUUUCAACAUGCACACUGAAGUUUGGGUGCACCCCGUGCUAGUGCCUCUGAUUCUAAUUCUGCUCUCAAGCGUGGAGGACACAUUGUUGCAGUCUGUGAGCCAGGUGGCUGGCGUGUGUCGACUCUCCACUGAGUCUUCCCUGCGUCGCUGCCGGACACCCGAUGGCAACAUCUGCAGCGGGAGGGGCAAGUGUGACUGCGGUGUGUGCGUGUGCCAGGCGUCAGAUCCAGGGAAAUUCUUUGGGCCUCGCUGCGAGUGCCAUGACUGGGUCUGUGCCACACACAAUGAAAAAAAUUGUAAUGAUCACGGCUACUGCGACUGCGGGAAGUGUGAGUGUGAUGACGGCUGGUUUGGAGAGGCCUGCCAAUUUCAAGAGGAGUGUAACCUUUCUGGAAAAAAGAGCAGGGAGAAGUGCAGAAACCCACAGGGGGUGGUAUGCUCCAACAGAGGGACUUGCCACUGCGGUAGCUGCAUGUGCAAAAAUGAAGACCACAAAGGCCUGGUGACGGGACCCUUCUGCGAGUGUGACGACAGCGAGUGUCUGGAUGAGGAGACUGGUGAAGUGUGUGGAGGCCACGGCCAGUGUUACUGUGGAAACUGUUACUGUGCUGCUGGUUGGCAUGGAGACAAAUGUGAAUUCCAGUGUGACAUCAGCCCAUGGGAAAGCAAACGCAGAUGCUCAUCUCCAGACGGCAAAAUCUGCAGCAACCGAGGCACCUGUGUGUGUGGGGAGUGCAGCUGUUAUGAUGUGGAUCCCUCUGGCGACUGGGGCGAUAUUCAUGGCAACACCUGCGAGUGUGACGAGAGGAACUGCCAUGCCACCUACGACCGAUACACCGAUGACUUCUGCUCAGGUCACGGUCAGUGUCACUGCGGCAGGUGUGACUGCAAGGAUGGCUGGUCCGGAAAGAAGUGCGAGCAUCCGCUCUCCUGCUCCAUUUCUCUGGAGAGCAGCCUGAAGAAGUGCCGGGGAACGUCCAGACUGCCCUGCUUUGGACGAGGUCAGUGCCAGUGUGGACAAUGUACUUGUCACCCACCUGGGGACAGUCGAGUUCAUGGCAAGAACUGCGAGUGUGACGACCGACAGUGUGAGGACCUCUCAGGGGAGGUGUGCGGGGGUCACGGUUACUGCUCGUGUGGACGCUGCAUUUGUGAGGACGGUUGGUUUGGCAAACAGUGCCGCUUCCCCAGGUCAUGUGAUAUAAGUGACGCCCAAAGCAAGGAGCAGUGCGAGACUGCCGAUGGAGUCCUCUGCAGUGGCAAAGGUUCCUGUCACUGCGGCCAGUGUAUCUGUUCCACCAAGGACUGGUGGGUGUCUGGAGAGUACUGCGAGUGUGAUGACAGAGAGUGUGACAAACAUGAUGACCUUGUCUGCACAGGGAACGGACUGUGCAACUGCGGCACCUGCGAGUGCUGGGACGGCUGGACCGGGAACGCGUGCGAAAUCUGGGUGGGGGCCGAGUACUGAGACCCUCAAAAGCAACAAGGAAUCAAAGCUUGGAGAAGCAAAACAUGGACUUGGUUUUAUUUCUUGUAUUAUACUGGCUCCAAGCUAUUUUUUUGUAAAAUUCGGUUCACUAUUUUUUUUUUUUUUUAAUCACACACUUAUUCCGCUGAUAUGCAAAAUCGGAUGCAAGUUGACAAACUAAGACAAAUGAGGCAAUGGAGGCAGACAGUUUGCAUUGUUUGAGCAUUUUUAUUUCUUUUUACUUUCUUGUUUUGUUUUUUUAAAUAAAACAUUAAAUAUGCCGCAUGACACGACAAUUUGCAUGGAAAACAAUGUGAAGACCUUAAACAUACAUACAUGGUUACAAAUUUGGUUUAUAACAUGACAUAACUCCAAAUGGGCAUACUUGCAAUGGUAUAUAGUGUUACAUAUUUGUUUUUAAAAAAAUAAAUCAUUUCAAUAGUGA